UCAGCACUUUUAUUCCACCUGAAUCGGUAUUGCGAGCAACAUUCGAUCGUCAUCCGGCGCGGACAUCCUCAGAUAUCUCGAAAUCAAUCUUUAAGCCUCGACGCUCGCCUUCAAUGCCCACCUCUGAAGCAAGCUGGUCAACAGGCUGCUCUUGCUCUCACUCUAGACUCGCUUGGUAUUGACGUGUGCUGUGCCUCAGAAACAAGAACUCAAGAUGCAAGAACAGUGGCUGAGAUAAUCGCUCCAUUGUUGUGUCGUCCGGAGAAUGUGCAGUGGUUGAUGUCACCCUAUCGUUCGGCUGUAACACCCUUUCGGUGCCUAGCUGCCAUGCCACACGAAGGAAGCACGAGGACCGGGAUACUGCCAGGUUGCCCAAGCCUAGACAGGGGAAGUCGAGAGGCAGAUGUCGGGUUCGAACCACGGACCUUCCGGUCAGUAAACUCGCGCUCUAACCACUUGGUCCAUCUCACCCCCGGUAUCAUCCUAAGUCACAAAGCGAAAAUAUUCUUGCUUGACUGGAUACCCGUUGAUGUGCGCGAUUCAUCUGGCAACUGUUAUGAAGAAGUCUUACAAGGAGUUUUAAAUUGUCUGUGUCCGCUUACCUUCCUCCCAACCGACUGUAGCUAUGACACCACCAAUGACAAGUUUUAUGACACUUUAAAUGCCUUGUUCCGG